AUGAUCAAGUUCUUGUUUUAUGUGGGCCUUGUUGGUCUUACAGCAUCAAAUCCAGAUGUAGAAGACACUAGAAUCGUAGGUGGCGAUGACAUUGAUAUAACUGCAGUACCGUAUCAAGUGUCUCUUCUGUUCAGAGGAAGGCACACCUGCGGUGGUGCUAUCAUUGCAAGUGAUCUGGUGGUCACUGCAGCACACUGCCUGAUUGGGUCCUACCCACGAGAUCUGCAGAUUCGAGCUGGCUCAUCAUCAAGUACUUCUGGAGGGGAUGUAUACCAAGUGGGUGAUUUCGUUUACCACGCUAACUUUACGUAUAGCAAAAUGGACUGCGAUGUUGGACUAUUGUGGCUAAGCACGCCAUUCGUCUUCACCGAUCGUGUAGCACCAAUCGAGCUGUUUGAUCAAGAUGAAGAGAUCGAUGAUAAUGAUUUAACUGUUGUAACUGGCUGGGGUAAUAUAAGGGAGAGCGGGGGAUCUCCAAGAACACUCCAGAUGGCUCUCAUUCCCAAAGUAAACCCGAACCAGUGCACCUAUGCAUACUCACCUCUUUAUAAAAUAACAGAGUCUAUGCUCUGCGCUGGAUUGCCGCAAGGAGGGAAAGAUGCUUGUCAGGGUGACAGUGGAGGUCCUUUGGUUCACGAUGAUAAAUUAGCUGGUAUUGUGUCGUGGGGUCUCGGAUGUGCAAGACCCAAGUAUCCUGGAGUGUACGCCAAGGUAGCAGCGCUAAGGAACUGGAUCGACGACCAAGCUACGUUUUUAAGACUGAAACAUAUGAUAUUUAGAAAUGCUGCCUGA